AUGGGAAAUUUUCCCCUGCUGUGCCUAGUUCUGACGCUACUCGUGAAAACAAUUUCAAUGAAAAUCAAACUAUCAUCUCAACUAUCGUGGAAUCAAAAUGGCACCACAGUGGCAGGAAAUGCAUCUGGAAUACCAGGAUCAUCACUCUCAGAACUUAAUGGUCCCGUCGGUAUAUCAAUUACAGACAACGAUAUCCUUUAUAUUUCUGAUCAAUCCAACUAUCGAAUCGUUGUUGUUGAUCUUUCUCGAACUACCAACAGCUUUGCUAUCGGCUCUGGUCAAAGUCAUGCAGCCGUUCAAGCUAUCUACCCUAUUGAUGUUUUCGUUUUCAAUUCAUCACUCUACAUCACAGACGAAUUCAACAACAGAAUACAAAAUAUGAGACUGGAUGGUUCAAAUCUCACUACGGCGUAUAACACAAUCAGUCUAGGACAACCGUUCUAUCUUUAUAUUGAUUCUUAUGAGAAUAUUUAUGUCACGUCCAGCAACAAUCAUAGUGUGUUUGUUUUUCCACAUAAUUCUACAAAUGGCACCAGAGUUGCUGGUAAUGGGACUCGAGGAUCUACUAAUGAACAACUCGAUUGGCCAUAUGGAAUAUUUGUGAGCGACAACGGUACUAUCUAUGUUGCAGAUCGCAAUAACCAUCGAAUCAUGAAAUGGCUCGCAGGAGCGUCAUCUGGCAUCCGUGUGGCUGGUGAUGGAACAUUUGGUUACAGUUUAACACAAGUGAAUUCACCCACGGAUGCGAUUGUUGAUGAGGAUGAAUUCAUCUAUAUCACUGAAGCGAUUGGCUCGCGGAUCACCCGAUGGGCUCCUCACUCAUCCUAUGGAACAUGUAUCGUCGCAUGUUCGGGGACAACAGGAACUGGACCAAAUCAACUCAACCAGCCUCACUCGUUAGCAUUCGAUAGUUUUGGUUCACUCUAUGUGAGCGAGUGGUCAAACAAUAG